GGCGCUCGUGUCCCCCGCGCCGCGGCGGAGGCGGCAUGGCGGCCCUGUGGAGAGGCUACCAGAGACUGAUGGCCCGGCACCCCUGGAAGGUGCAGAUCGGCACCGCCGGGACCCUGGUGGGCGUGGGAGAUGUGAUUUCCCAGCAGGCGGUGGAGAGGAGGGGGCUGGCUGGACACAGCAGCCGGCGGACCCUGAAGAUGAUGGCCAUCGGUUUCUGCUUUGUGGGCCCGGUCAUUGGAGGCUGGUACCACGUCCUUGACCGUCUGGUGCCCAGCACCACCAGGGUGGCUGCAUUCCAGAAGAUGCUGCUGGAUCAGGCCGGCUUCGCCCCCGGCUUCCUGGGCUCAUUCCUGGCUGUGGCAGGAGCGCUCAACGGCCUGUCCCUGGAGGAGAACUGGGACAAGAUCAAGCGGGACUACACGGAUGCCCUGAUCACCAACUAUUACAUCUGGCCAGCUGUGCAAGUGGCCAACUUCUACUUCGUCCCCCUGAACUACAGCUCUUUCUCUGCCCCCCAGGCUGGCCGUGGUCCAGUGUGUUGCCAUUGUCUGGAACGCCUAUCUCUCCUGGAAGGCCAACCAGCUGUGACCGGUGAAGGAGACUCAUCCUGACUCCAGCCCCUCUGCACCCGACUCUUGUCAUCCACUAUGGCCUGCCUGGCAAUCUGGGCCCUGUGCACCCGCCUGCCCCACAACCAAGGGGCCAGGCUGCUCCAUGCACCUCCUCCCCAAUACUGCCCCCCCAGUGGCAGAGAGACGCCCGGAAGCCCUGAGAUAUGGUUGGGCUCCAGGCCCCAGUUGCUCCCAGCGGCUGCGUGGCCCAGUUGUCAGGGUUGGUG